CCAAUUGUGAAGAGGCAGUAUUGUGACGUCACAUCCGGAUACCACGCCCAUCAUCCACCACCACGAGGGUUUGUGAUGCGUACCAGUCUUUGUGUGAGGAGCAGAAGGUAAUGUUGUGUUUGUUUGAGUGUCCGUGUUGUAAGCUUUUUAACGCUAAUUAACUCAUGGACUUCACUGGCUAAUAUUUGGAUUUUAUCUGGCGUAUUGCUGUGGAUACCAGUGCCUUUGUUUACACAUGAAGAACAUUUCAAGCACUAUGGAAUAUUUAUGGCAUCAUCCAGAUCCAGCUGAUAUUAUAGCUGCACAGAGUUUGAUAACAUUAGCUUUAAAUCAUCGUGAAUCUGCGAGAACUAAUCUUUUGCAGAGUUCUAACAACGAUGAUGAUCGACCAUUCAUGAUCAAUCGUAUUUUAGAAGAUCUUAGCCGUUGUAAACAGGACCCGGUACCUAAUGUAGACGAUGAAAUCGCGCCAGUGAGUGGCGAAGCGACCACGCCUUCCUUAGUUCCGGAAAACACAAAGGCUGCUAGGAGGCCGCCACAAACAAAGAAAAUGCACGAAUGUCCGUUUGUAGGGUGUGACAAAGUCUAUGGCAAAAGUUCACAUCUGAAAGCACAUUUAAGAACGCAUACAGGUGAGCGUCCUUUUGCUUGUGCUUGGGAACGUUGCGGGAAACGUUUCGCCCGGUCAGACGAACUGGCAAGACACAACCGAACGCAUACUGGUGAAAAGAAUUUUCCAUGUCCUAUGUGCAGCAAGCGCUUCAUGCGCAGUGAUCACUUGAAUAAGCAUGCAGUGCGCCACCCUGGCUUCGAAAAGAGCAUGUUGCCAAACAGCAAGCGCUUAGUGCGUGGGGACCAUUUGUUUAAACAUGACGUGAACUUUGAAAAGACUGCGCCAUUGAAGAAGGCUGGGUCAGUAGAAAGCUCUGGAACGUCCGAUGCGUCAGAAGGCAUGGUACAAUCUCCUUAAUUUAUAUGCUUUUUGAAUUCACAUUUUGCUGUGAUGUCCCCAAUAAGAAAAAUGGUGAAUUGCAUCAUUAAAUGAAUUAAUAUUUUCUGAACUUGUAAAAUUGCUGUGUUAUGCAUACAGACUCGGUAAGUGUACACAUAUGGAUUAAGGUGUGUGCCAUGUUUUGGACACCUGUUCUUCACAAAGAAUGUCUUUACGUUUCAGGUCAAUCUUGUUGAUUUGUUAAAUUGAUGCUGGCUUGUUCUUUUAUUAUGUAACAAGAUCUACUUUUCAUACGUAUUUGAGAAUGUCAUGCUACAGAAAUGUUGAGAAGAAUGUGUGCUCUUUGUAAUUUAAUUACAUUAGAUGUCACUUAAUGUGAUUGUGGUUCAUAUUAUCAUUCAGAUAUUAUCGAUUUCCCAAAAUCCCACCCAGGUUUAAUCCUAGUAUAUGGUACACACAGGAUUUGGCAGCAUUAUGAUGAGCGGUAAACAAGUCAUGUUUUUGGCAGCAGUUUUGAAAAUCAUGCCAAGGUCGUACUGUAUACUAUGAUUUUACUCCGCCCAUUUGCAUGUAGGAAAUGUAAAAAAUACAUUACUAAUUGUGAUCAACCAUUGAGUUAAUAUGAUCAAAGUACUGUAGAAUAAUUAUUUUAAGUUAAAAUUGCCAAAUGAAAGAUAAAUUCACCAAAUAAAGUAUAUUAUAAAAAUUGCCAAGUGACAGAAAAAUGUCACCAAAACUAGGCAAAAAAGCAACCUAAGUUUGAUGUAGAUUUUGGAUAACUCUGCCAAUUUUGAAGGCCGAAGGCAAUCAGAUACUUUUUCAAGAGGUUGGGCGGGAUAUUUCUGCAGAGUUAGUUUUUCUUUGGGGAAAAGUAUUCUUGAAAAUAACUGUGACAAAGUUAAGAUUGUUUUUCUCUUAAUUUAAAAUUUUACAUUGGCUUUUUCUCCUCAAGUGAGGGAUAUCUACUGAAUAUUAAUGCCAUCGAUCAAAUUAAUUCCAGAAACGUUAUGAACAGUUCAUAAACAUACUUUUGCAUUUUCUUAAAUAAAGUGCUGCCAAAACAACCUAUUUAAUGUUUAUGGUUGUAGUUAUAUAAAAUUAAAUUCCAUCGAUAUCUUGAAGGAUAUCUUUUCUCAUCAUUAAAUAUUAUCAAAAUAGAUGUGAACAAGUACAAUCACAUCAAGUGGUACCUACUGUACAGCACAAAAAAACAGCAAGAUUUUUAUAAUUCUGAAAGAGGAAAUAGCAUUAAUAUACUUGUGUGUACUUUACUAUUGUCAGUAAUUUAAAAAUAUUGUUCAAGUAAUGAUGUAUCUUCACUUCUGUGUUCAGCUGUACUUAAAUAUAAAUGCCUCAGGUUGUGUUCAUAUAUUUUGUGACGUGUCUUGAUAUUUUAAUGCAUUUUCAUAAUAUUCAGUUUUUCAGUCAGUUGUUAAGAAAUGUUACAGAAAUUGCUUUCUUAGUUAGCUGCAUUUCAGAUUUUUGUCACAUAUUCUAUAACAAAACUAAUUUGUUAGUUUAUGUAAUUUUUAAGGGGGAAGAUCACUUGAUUUUCUAAUUCUUACAAAAUGUUGCUUUUAAAAAGAAAAAUUUUUAAAUAAAAAACAAAAGUGGUUAAAAUUUUUUGGCCUAAAUAUAGAAAUAUAUGGUAUUGAAACUCUUAUAGCUCUGAACAUAAUUUAUAAAACAGCAUAAAAUUUUGUGUUUCUAACUAAUAAUAUAUAUUAAACACAUUAUUAUGAAUUUGUGCAUUAUAUUAUUAAAACUUGUUUUUAUAAAGCAUUAUAAUUCUGAAGCAUCAUAAAAGGCAAGGUAUUUGUUUCCAUUAAAAAAUCAAAACAAAAUAAUUUGAAAUAUGAUUUUUGCCAUCCCUAGUCUGAAAUAAAAACUUUUGUCUUGUAGGAGAAAAUGUGGUCUACCCCCAUCUGCAUUGAUAUGAGAUUAAAUCUGGAAAUGUAUUCUUUAUCAUUGCUAUUAUAUGGUUAGAAUUUCAUUGUUACUGAUUUUGUUGUCACAUUUGCUAGCCAAGAGAAGCAACACAAUGUGAAACAUUGCACACCAUAUCAAAUGUUAGAUAAAUUAAAACAGCAGGAAAUAAUUUCUGUAACUCAGCUUGUCAGGCAUCAGAGUCUGAAAUUAAGGAAGUACAAACUGUAAAUCUCAAUACAAGCACAGAUGCUGCUUUUGUUAAUGUCUCUAAUAAUUCUAAUGUAAAUGUAAUUUUAAGAAGUAUUUUUGAAUGAAAAUUUCCUGUGCUUGCAUAAUAGCACACGUCUCGUUAUGCACUUGAAGCGUUUCAGUGCGAAACAUUACUUCAUCAUUGUUACAAAACAUACUUUUCUGAAGUGAUUAACAUAAAUAUUUUACUUUCAGUAUUCAGCUCUGUUCUGUAUCAAAGUGAGAAAUGGUCACUUUUAAUAAUACGUGCAUAAUUCCAAUUUUAACUGUUUUAAAUCAUUUGGACCAUUCAAUUUUAAAAUAUCUAAAUUCAUUUGACUACUUGAUCCUUGUGAAAUGUGUCUUCUUACUGCUUAUGUUUAAACUUAUAAAUAUUUAAAUGCAAGAUGAUUCAGUAAACUUUAAAGUGAAUAAUAGUAGAGGGGAUCUAAUCUUAUCUUUCUGUAAUAAUAAUGAAAAUGUUCUGAGCAUUUCAAGAAAAAAAAAAUUUUGCUUCUGAAAAUGAGAGGCUUCUUUUCUUUCACUUGAUAUGCAGCAAGCUUCUUAAUUACCACUAACACAGAAAAUAAAUAGAAUUUUGCCAAUUAUUUGUAUAUAAAUAUUUGUUUUUCUGACAAUUACUACAUUAUGAAGAAAACACCGGAAUUUUUUUUUCUCUUAUGCGUGUCAUAGCUGUCAAUCAUAUUGCUUGAUAAAUCAUUAAAUCUUCCAGCCUUUACUAAAGAAAAUGUUUCCUGACAAUAAAGGACAUUUAUUGAAUUUCCGAAACUUUUAUUGUGCACAUUCCAUCAAUCCACGCCUACUGGAAAUUUUUGUUAUUAGAUUUUAUUUGAUCAGAAUCACCUCUUCACUUCCAGCAUCAAGAGAAUGAAAUUUCGUUGCGACCUUAAAGAUCCGAAUGUCACUGUGUGCCUGAGUAUGUUUUGAAUUUAAGCCUAAUAUCCUGUAAAAUAUACUUUUUAUUGCAAUAUUUGGAUUCUUCUUAUGUUAUUUAAAUUAUUAAAUGAACUUCUAACUCAAGUUAUUACACUAACAUGGAUUUUAAUAAAAUAAAAACAUUAACAAGUGCCAUAUCCAGGUGAUGUGGGACUUGAAUUCAUUCAGUCCCAUAAUUUCAGAAAUUUGUUAACAGGAAGAAUGCUCUGUCGCAUUAUACAUGAGGAGAGAUAGUUCUAGCGGGCCAACAUACCCAUAGCUCCAGCAAGAAAAGUCCUGUCUCUUCUCAGGAAACCACCUUUUAUAUCACACUGUGUCAUUACUUGCACUGAACUCCUGGUGGGAGAAGAUUCGCUCACACAUACGUAACAAAGGUGUCCAUCUCCUGACCCUGAUGAAAAGACUUCUUUCAUCUGUUUGUCCCUUGGAGUGACCUUUGAAGCUGCAACCAGAUUCAUUAAAAAAUGCAGCUCAUUGCAGCAGGAUUUCACCUGUGGACUGAAAAGGUACUAUUGCAAUCUGAAAUUAUUCACCUUAGACAAAGAACCUCUAUGUGACCUUAUCAGAAAAUGUAAUUUCUCAUAAUAUAAACAGAAAAUUCUAAUACUUACAAUUAAUAUAACAAUUCAAAAGAGUAAUAAUGACUAUAUUUAAAUAUCUAAAUUAUUUCUGUGCAGUAAAAUUAAGUUUAAAAAAUUAAUAUGGAUGCAUGUUAUAUCCUAUUGUCAUAUUGACAUAAUCAAAUUUAAAACUGCUUGCAAAGCAUGAAACAAGAGCUGCCAUAACAACAUUACAGGCUUUUGUGCAAACCAGUGUGCAGGGACCCCUAAGACAAUCAUUCGUAGAAGUGAAAUGUAAAUGGAUUAACACAGGACCCCUAUAUUUGUGGGCCAUGUUUUAUGAUGACCUUGCACCAAACAUUUAUAUGAUAUCCUGGGAGUGAAGAUGUUAAUUUACUGUGGGCAUUUGUACAACCUUUUAUAAUGAUUCAGCCAGAAUUUUAUUUGUUAAUAUUUAUAUUUCAUUUUCUUUUACGUCAAUAAAUGCUAGAUUGCUACAUUUAUCCACAUAAUAAUGUAUACGUUAAUUAUUAGUUUUAUUUCACAUAUUUAAAAGUACUUCGAUAAAUAAAAACUUUCCUUCUCUAAAUUUUCUUGGUGUAGAAGUGUUAGAAAAUUGCAAUAGGAAAUCAGUGUAAGAAUAUAAAAUUUAGAAUAUCUUAAUUAAAUUUACACAAGAAUCGUAUUAUAAAUACGUCAAAAACCUGAAUUACGCACCAUUAAGGGAAUGAACACACUGCUUGAAAACCUCUCAGUAACUUUUGGUUUUUGUGCUAGGAACUUCCUGGUUUUUCAUAUUUUAAGGUUGGCAGCUGUGAUCUACAAUUAACUCAAAUAAAAUUCUCCUUUCCAAAAAUAGCGAUUUUCUACUGAAAUUAUUGGAGGGGGGCUGAUCACUUACUUGCUAUUAUUCAUGAUUUUCACAUUUCCUUAUAAUACUUGUAGUAUGUAAUAUCACCAUCACUUUCAUGGCCUGUCUUUUCAUUGUUGAUAUGUAGCUUAUUAUAUUUAGUAAAUGUAAACAUGUUAGAUCAUCGAUCAAAUUUCAUUCAUAUCUAGUGGACCACUAUAUUGUGCACACUGUACCAGUCUAGAAAAUGUUCCUUUUUCUAGCUAGAAAAGCUUAAUCAUAUCAUAUAACAAAUUACUGUGUUUUAAGAGUUUGAAGUUAAAAUAUUUGGUAUUCUUGACUUAGCUGAAAUUUGUUUCUGACUUUAAGAUAUAUAUAGAAUAAGAUAUCUGUGUUGAUAAUUGCAUAACUGCCAAUAUCUCCCAGUUUUUAAUUUUUUGGCUCUGCUGAGGAAUAUGUUUUACAUAAAUUAAUGAAAUUUAUUAAAUUGUGCAAAUUUUGUUCUGUCACCCCUAGUGAUUUUCAGCCUAACAUUUUCUGCUAAAUUUUAUUUGAUCUGAAAAUGCCUUAAUCUACAGUGGGCAUUCCUAGAACUUUUGAUGAAGAUUUAAGCAAUGUUUAAUUAAUAAAUAUUUAUAUUUAUGUGAAUAUGAGAUACAUUAUUAAGUUUAUCUUCACAAUAAUUUAUGUGUUUAUUUUAUUUAUAUCGUAUUUAAAAAUACUUCAAUAAAUUAAAGCUUUCAAGGUUUUCUUAUAUAAAAGUGUUGAAAAAUUCACAAAAUGAAACUAGCUAAAAAAUGCAAGAUUUAGAAUACAUAAUUUAUAUAUUGCCUUUUAAAAUAACAUUGUAAAAUGUUCAGUACCUUGAAUCAUGCAUGAUAAAAUGAAUUGACAUCAGUCUGAAGUUUUUUUAAAUGGCAGAAACUCCCAGUUUUUGUGCGAGAAUCUCCCAAUGUGUCAUAUUUUAAAGUUUAUAGCUAUGCAAUUGUAAAGAUUGUUUGCAAGUAUAUUUAUCAUUGUUUGUUUUCACAGUUUGAAAUUAUUGAGCUUUCUUUGAACUAAAAAGUACUAAUAAUGUUCUUUAUGUGCAUAAAAUUGUUUUUAAUCAAAAUUUCCUAAUUUGGGAUGCUUUGUGAAAAUAUUGCAUUUUUAUUAGAAAUGUAUAUUAGAAAAUUAUGUAAAAAAAAAAUUGUUAGGAAAUCUUUUCCUAAGUUUAUAAGCAUAUUAUUGAAUUCUAAGUAUAGAAAGAACAAUAAUUCCAUGCCUGAUGGAAUACUGAUAUUUUUAUUGACAAUAGUGUUCCCUGUUAGUACUUCAUUUUGCAAAAUGAGAAACAUUGGUACUAUUCGGUUAACAGGACCGGAUUCAGUGAAUGAAUUUAUGCACCUGUGUAUGUGCCUAUAUACAUAUACACUUGUGCAUACACAUGUACGUACGUAUGUGUGUGUGUACACACAUAUAUGCAUACCUACAUACAUAUACAUGAAUACAUACAUACAAUACGUGCAUUUCUGGAUGCGGUUCCGAUGAGAGACAGAACAGUAUCGAAAAAUUUUAUGUUGAGAAAUCUGAAUAAAGUAAAAUUUAAUGCUAGUUGAUUAAAUAAAAUUCUAGGUAAAAAUACAAUAAUCUUAAAUAUACUGAAUUAAAACAGAACAAUUUUCCAUAUUUAUAAAAUUUUGAUCUGAUUUCAUAAAGAGGCUUUUAGCCUGAUUUGCAGAAUCUGUCAUCUCUAAUUUCAUAAAUAUUUCUUAAAAUUAGGCACCCUUUUUUUUUUUUUGCAAUAAAAUUGUAUCUACUACACAUGUUUUAACUGUUGUUUGGAGGAUGUUGGUAGUUACUUAAUUAGCAAUUUUAAAGAACUGUUUAAAUUGUAAAAUAUCAUUUACUAAUUGAUCAAAAUUUGCUUUGUGAAACACUUUCUUCUGUGUGCCAAACAUUUAUUUCUGUGAAAAUGUUUAUGGAGAUGAGUAGUAAAUUAAUUUGGGCAUUGUAAUUUUUUCAAGACAUGCAUUUGUAUUAUUCUUGAAAGUAAGAUUUUUAUUACAACUGCUAAGUAAGAAUUUUGUUAAUUCAGGUCAUUAAUUGAUUUAACUUACAUCAGGUGUGCUGAGUCUUAUUUUUGAUAUCAAUGUCAUUAAAUUUAAUUUUAAUAAAAAGUUAUGUUUAAAAUAUUGCAUUCAUUAAAAAUUGUACAUGUUUGAGGUUAUUAAGGAAAAUGUGUAAAAACGUGAUUGAUUUAAUAUGACAGCUUUGUAUUUGACUUUAAAAUAAUUCAUUUGAGUACAUUUUUCACAUCAAAAUUGACAAAUUUUAUUCUUUAUGGCUUAUUGUUAUUAUUUCUUUAUAUUAAGUAAUCUGAUUCUUUUGAACUUUAAACUUAAAAAUAAAAAUAAAAUAUGAAAGUAGAUAAUAAUACAUAAAUUAAAAUCAUAUUGUAAUGGGAGGUACAGUCAUGCAGUUUUCAGUAAUUGAUACAAAUACAGUUAAACUCUUAUAGACCCCCCCUCUUUUAGCUAACAUAAAUGAAGUACGCCAGCAUGUAAAAUUAAAUUUUCUGUAGUUUUUGUUUAUUGGCCUUUUUUUUUCUUAAUGCUAAACUUUCUUAAGUUUAUUUCUUACUUAUGCUCUAAGCAUAGAGUUGCCAAAAUUUACUGUGAUUUAAAUUAUUGAUCUGUGUUUUAACAGAUCAGUAAUUCAUAUUGAGUAAAACAAAAACUAUUUUUCAUAUGUGAGCCCUAAAAAUAAAAGCUUUAGGCCUAAAUCUUUCCACUUUUGUCUUGGCAACAGUGCUGUUUUCAUUUCGUCCACCUUCAUUGUUAUCAGAUACUUAAUACUGUAUUCAGUCCUUGUCAUAUUGACAGGAAUAUUGUGUGUAUAUGUGUAUAUAUAAGUAUAUUUAUAUAUAUGUUUAACAGAUUGUAUACUUUAUGGUAUAUUUAAAACUUAUAUUCUUUCAUUGUAAAUUGGAUUUAAUCUUUCAUCCCGACCAUAAAUUGGACAAUCACGUUUAAAAUUAUGAUUCUCUCUCUGUCAGAAUGUGCAUUGUAUAUUUUAAAAUGCUCUUUCAGACAUGUUUCUAACAAAAAAUUAUUUUAACAUUUUUUGCGUAAAGGUACGUCGUAAGCAUCAAGAAGCAAAUGCUUCUUGCAUUGAGUAUGAGAUUUUUAAUGCUCACCUUUUUCUGACUAUCAAGGCAUGUUUAUGUAUUUCUCUCUAAAUAUGAGAUGGUCACAUCACUUUUUUAAAAUGUGCUUGUGGCUAUGCAUAUAUAUAUCUUUCAAUAAAAGCAUUUUCUUAGCUUUA